AUGACCAAAGCAUUUGACAAAGUUGAUCAUAACAUCUUAGUGUCCAAAUUAAGAGGGUACGGAGUUACGGAUCCCAUGCUUUCCUGGAUUACUGACUACUUGUCCAAUCACUCUCUGGUUGUCAAAAUUGAAUGUGUAAAAUCUGGAGAGUUUACUCAAUCUUCUGGCGUCCCUCAGGGCUCCAUAUUAGUCCUAUGGCUAUUUAACAUUUUCAUCAAUGAUCUGGUAGACGCUGUGGAAACCAAUGCUCUAUUGUUUGCCGACGAUCUUAAAGUAUUCACCAAGAUUUCCUCAGUAGAAGACUGCCGCAUGAUGCAAAAAAGCCUGGACGGAAUCAGUAACAACAUGCAGAUUAACCCUGAAAAGUGUUCAAGUAUGUCCUUUCAUCGCAGCAAGAAUCCCCUCUUGACAUCUUACUCAAUCUCAGAUGUUGAUAUCCCAAGAGUUACUGGUAUAAAGGAUCUGGGUGUUUUCUUCCGUCAAGACACGGGCUUCUCCGACCACGAUGAUGGGAUUUGUAAACAGGGCAACAAAAUGUUGGGCUUCAUCUCUAGAUCUACCCGUGGGAUUAACAACCCUGAUGCUCUAAGAACGCUGUACUGCGCUAUGGUGAGACAGAUUGUGGAGUACGCCAGCCCCGUGUGGUCACCCUAUGCUAUUGGUGAAACAGACAGGCUUGAAGCAUUGCAGAGACGUUUCAUCCGCUUAGUGGGAGUUCGCAAUGGCUUCAACUACGUGGAUGUCCCUGUCGUUUCUCUCUCUUCUGAACUGCAGCUUGUAUCUCUUGCGGUGCGCCGAGACUUGGCCGACUUCAUGUUCCUACUGAAAAUAAUCAGAGGUCUUCUAUUUUGUCCGGACAUCCUGUCAAAAAUUGACUUCAAAUUACCGUCUGGCACUAGGACUAGGGAACUCUUUUCCCGAAGACACUACAACACGUCUUUCGACUUCCACAGCCCACUAGCUCGUCUUGCCAGGCUUGGAAAUCGUGUUGCUCCAGACUGUGACCUGUUCUGUGACACAAUUUCUCAUUUCAGAAGAUGUGCUACGGAAAUCUUCAUUCCUUGA